AUGUUUAAUAAUAAUAAUGGUUUUGGCUCCCAAGGGAGUAAUUUUCAACAGCAGCAAAUGAAUUACCAACAACAAAACCAAAUGCAAAAUAUGGAUCAAAAUCAACAAAUGCCAAGACCACCUGCAGCUAAUUUUAGUAAUAAUUACAUGAGACAGCAAGGCUCGCAUCAAUCCUUACAAGAUGAUAUAGACAGACAAAACAGUAAUAAUAUUAAUAAUAAUAAUAAUAAUAAUAACCUGAUGCAUAACGGAGGGUUCACUGAUGUUCCUUCGUUGAAUUUCCCAUCUACACCAACACAUCAAAACAAUUACGUGAUACCGAACCAAAUUACAAAUACACCACCACCUGCCAUGGCUAAUCUCUACAAACAUAACAACAAUUCAAAUAGUAUGGUACAAAAUAACGGAGGUAGUAAUGGUAGCAUAAGCAAUAUGAACCAAUACAAUUCCAAUAUAAAUAAUAAUGUUAAUAAUGGUGUUAUUAUGGAUCAGCCGGCAGCUCCAUUCUCUCCAAGUGUUUAUUCAAAUGAUUCUGAUUAUGGACAACCAAACUUACAAAGCAAUACAAGUAUUCAUAGUAAUCAAUAUCAACAACAACCACAAUUCUUAUAUAAUGAAGAACAUUCUCAUUCGCAAUCACCUCAACAAAAUAGUCCUGUCAGAAGUGUGAAAAAUAUACCAGUUCAACAGCAACAAAUACAACCCCAGCAAAUUCAGCAGCAACAGCAAAUGCAACAACAACAGCAAAUGCAACAACAAGGUCAAUAUAAUGAAAAACAGGGGCAACCUAACGGAAACUACAUGUAUUUUGAAAGACGACCCGAUUUACUAUCUAAAUCUACUCAAGAUAAAGCAGCAGCUGUUAAAUUAAAAAUUGAGAAUUUCUAUCAAUCUUCUGUCAAAUAUGCCAUUGAACGUAAUGAGAGACGUGUCGAACUUGAAGCUGGUUUAAAUUCCCAUGACUGGUCAGAAGAGAGAAAGAACAGACAACUAACAUCUCUAGGGAAGAAAGAAUCUCAAUUUUUAAGAUUAAGGAGAACCAGAUUAUCUCUAGAAGAUUUUCAGACUGUCAAAGUUAUUGGUAAAGGUGCAUUUGGUGAAGUUCGUCUUGUGCAGAAGCGGGAUACGGGUAAGAUAUAUGCCAUGAAAACACUUUUAAAAUCUGAGAUGUACAAAAAGGAUCAAUUGGCUCAUGUAAAGGCAGAAAGAGACGUUCUUGCUGGUACAGAUUCUCCAUGGAUUGUUUCGCUAUACUAUUCUUUCCAGGAUCCUCAAUAUUUAUAUCUGAUCAUGGAAUUUUUACCAGGUGGUGAUUUAAUGACUAUGUUAAUCAGAUGGCAGUUAUUUACAGAAGAUGUUACCAGAUUUUAUAUGGCUGAAUGUAUUCUUGCGAUAGAAACCGUUCAUAAGCUGGGGUUCAUCCAUAGAGAUAUCAAGCCUGAUAAUAUUUUGAUUGAUAUUAGAGGACAUAUUAAACUUUCUGAUUUUGGUUUAUCAACUGGUUUUCAUAAGACUCAUGACUCUAACUAUUACAAGAAAUUGUUACAACAAGAUGAAACAAAACCACAAGGCGCGGGUGCUUCCACUGGUUUAACUAAACCUGGGCAACCUGGUGAAAACAAUGGAGCAGAUAACAAGAGUAAUAGGCAAACAAUGGUUGUUGAUUCUAUCAACUUGACCAUGUCUAGCAGACAACAAAUCCAAACGUGGCGUAAAUCGAGACGUUUGAUGGCAUACUCAACUGUUGGGACGCCUGAUUAUAUUGCACCUGAAAUUUUCUUAUACCAAGGUUAUGGACAGGAGUGUGAUUGGUGGUCGUUGGGUACUAUCAUGUAUGAAUGUUUAAUUGGGUGGCCACCGUUCUGUUCUGAGACACCUCAGGAGACAUAUCGUAAGAUUAUGAAUUUUGAACAAACGUUACAAUUUCCUGAUGAUAUUCAUAUCUCUUAUGAAGCUGAGGAUUUGAUUCGUCGUUUAUUAACACAUGCAGAUCAAAGACUAGGUAGACAUGGUGGUGCAGAUGAGAUCAAAAGUCAUCCAUUCUUCCGUGGUGUUGAUUGGAAUUCAAUUAGACAAGUUGAAGCACCAUACAUUCCAAAAUUGAGUUCUAUUACAGACACUAGAUUCUUCCCAACAGAUGAAUUAGAAAAUGUACCAGAUUCACCAGCAAUGGCUCAAGCUGCGUUACAAAGGGAACAAAUGAUGAAACAAGGUAAUAAUAAUGCUCCAAUUAAGGAGGACUUACCAUUUAUUGGGUACACCUAUUCUAGAUUUGAUUACUUAACAAGAAAAAAUGCUCUUUAA